GGGUCACAAACGGUGGGUUAUCAUCGAGCUAAAUCUCAUUUUCAUCUAAAACCCUACGAUCACAACAGCGUCUUCUUCUCUUUGAAUCUCAAAUCAGGGUUUUGAAAAUUAGGGUUUUGAGAAAACUCAAAUCACAGUAACAAUGUCGUUGUCAAAGAGUUCCAAAAUGCUUCAAUACAUCAACUACAGAAUGCGAGUAACAAUUCAAGACGGUCGUCAACUCGUCGGAAAAUUCAUGGCUUUCGACCGCCACAUGAAUCUUGUUCUCGGCGACUGUGAAGAGUUUCGCAAACUUCCACCGGCGAAGGGUAAGAAAACCACCGACGGCGACCGUGAAGACCGCCGCACACUCGGUUUGGUUCUUCUCCGGGGUGAAGAAGUUAUUUCGAUGGCAGUUGAAGGUCCUCCACCUCCUGAAGAGUCUCGUUCGAAAGCUGUAAAUGCUGCUGCAAUGGCUGGUCCUGGAAUUGGACGUGCUGCUGGUAGAGGUAUUCCUCCGGCGCCGGUUAUUCAAGCUCAGCCUGGUCUUGCUGGUCCUGUUCGUGGUGUUGGUGGACCUGCUCCUGGUAUGAUGCAGCCGCAGAUCUCGCGGCCGCCUGUUUCGUAUCCUGGUGGUCCGCCUGUUAUGCGUCCACCUGGUCAAAUGCCGUAUCCUGGACAUCCUGGACAAGGUCCACCGCAGAUGGUGAGGGGUCCACCGCCUCCUAUGCCGCCGGGGCAAUUUGGGCAGAGACCAGGUGGUCCUCCACCACAAUUUGGUAUGCCACCUCCUCAGUAUGGGCAGAGACCAAUGGGGCCACCUCCUCCUGGUCAGAUGGUGAGAGGACCUCCUGCUCCUCCUCGGCCUGGAAUGCAGCCUCCGCCUCGUCCUGGUAUGCCUCCUCCUCCUGGAAGUGGUGUUCCUGUGUAUGGUCCACCUCGGCCUGGCAUGCCCCCUCCACCAAAUGCUCCAAAUCAACAACAGCAACAGUGAUUGUAGAAUUGAUUGGUUUCUUCUUGCUGGAGCUCUGAAGAUAACAUUGGACAUUGUAUCACAACUCAAUAUCCAGCCCUUUCUAUGGAAGUAGUUGUUGCUUGUACAACCUUGAAUCAUCAUCUUAUUAGAGGGAUUUUUUUUCAUGCUGUGAUGAGAAUAUGUAAUUUUAGAACAUUUAUGUUUUGGAGGAAGUUAUUGUAAAACCCGAGCAUUAGACAUAUAUCGGCUGUGUAGAUUGUUGGAAAAAAUGCCGGAUUGCUAAAGCAGUAUACCAAUUUCAAAAUGUAGGGCAUUACUGCCUCCUCUUAAAUCUUCCGAGCUAUAUAACAUGAUUUUCAUUUAGGAAUUGUUCCUUCA